UUUAACGGAGUGACAGGAUGACUGGAAAUCCUAAAUAACCUUCCUUGAUCUUGAUUGUACCGAAGUGACAGGAUGACUGAAAAGCCUAAUCUUUGGCCUUUUCAGUUUUCUCUAUAUCUAUUCUCAUCAGAAAUAAAUAUCAUUCAAAGAUAGAAAAAGGUUUAUUUAUUUAUUUUUUUUAUGGGGAUUUCCUGGAGUGGCAUUGCUGGUAAGUCCAAUCCAGCUCCACCAUCUAUCCCUCUGGCUACACCUCCAGCUUCUAUCCCUCCGGCUUCAGACUCAAUCUCAGAACCAAACCAGCUCCCAAGUCGAAUCGGCCAUGUCAUCGAUUGUAAGUUCACCAUAUAAUAAAUGGGGAUACGUCUUUUGUGUAUAGCAAUGUCUACUGCACAAGCUAGUUCUCUAUGGUAACUGCCAAUCUUACAACACGGCUAUCUCAAGUGAGUGACGCAUUUGCAGCUAUCUGGGCCGACAAUGCCACUGAGGACAAUGAAUUCUCAGUUGCAAUUGAAGACGAGAGUCUUCCUGAUGCAGGAACUGCAUCAGAUUCAAAGUUGAAAUCUUUCACCUAUGCACAAUUGAAAGCUGCAACCUUUGGCUUUAAAAGUGAUAUGGUGCUAGGAAGAGGAGGCUUUGGCAGUGUCUAUAAGGGUUGGAUCAAGGAGAACACUCCUCAGGCUAUCAGGAAACGAGCCGUUGCCGUUAAGAGAUUGGACACAAGAAGCAAGCAAGGAUUUCGACAAUGGCAAGUAAGUUUGUUUUAUGAAUGAUAUUGCAAAUUAAAUGGGUUUAUUUGGUAACAUCGCUGCGCUCAAAUACCCUCUUUUAGAUUGUUAGCAUAAUGUGACCAAGUUCAUUAUAUCAUGAUAAAAUUGUUGUGUAAUUAUUUGGUAA